CUUAGACAUGAGCUCUGGGCUCCCUCCGAUCUGCCUCCUGCCCUCGCCACUGCCAGCUUUUUAUACCUCACAGACAUCUCUUACAACUAUUUUUGUGUUUAAAUGAUCUUGCUCUAUUUAAAAAGCUAGUUUUUAUUUAGGUGGAGAAACAUAAUCCCUUAGGAAAAUUUUCUCGAGGAAACAAGUUAGAGCACACUUUAUUAGCCGUCCCAAACUCUGAGAAAUAAGUGCUGUCUUGGCUCCUGUGUGCCCCUAAAUUUAGACUGGGUCCCUUAGUGAUCUUAUUUGCUUACGCAAAUUUAAAAUCAAUAUUUAGGGGCUUCUGGCUGGGCUCAGUCAGUGGAAUGUGUGACUCUUGAUCUCAGGGCUGUGAGUUCAAAAACAAAAUCUUUAAAUUAAUUAAUUAAUAAAAUCAAUUUUUAGAUUUUGGGGUUAAACUUAAAAUUCAGAAAUCCAAACGAUAUAAAAGCAUGCAGUGAAGGUCUUUUCCCACCCUCGUCCAAUUUUCCUACUGCUCCGUCUCCAUUAACCAUUUGUGUUCGUUUCUUGAGUGCCCAUUCAGAAUUUACUUAUGCAAGUAACAGUUUACAGCGCUGAUGGAGGGGGAAGGGUGGUGGUCAUGGAUAUUCUAGGUGUUAGGGUGCUGUGACCCCUGGAACUGCAAUUUAUUUGAUAGAUAUGCACCUAACACGUAACUUCCUAUGUAGCUGGCGCUAUGCUUAGUGCUUAGAACGUAAAGAUGAACAAGGUCUCUACCAGCAAGGAGCUUCGAGCUUCUGGGAGAAACAGGCAGUAAAAAAAAAAAAAAAAAGUCCAUGGUGAGAACUUGGGGCUGAACAUGGCUAACCUGGAUGUUCUGCCUGAUCCAAGUCUGAUACUAAAAACACGUGUGAGGAACUGUGAUGAAACAGACAAGCCGUGUGCCCUGAGCACGAUGUUUGGAUACCUUCUAUUUGCCUUUUUUUUUCUUGAUGACACUUUUUCCCCUUCCUGAUUUUUUGCAAUCCUCAGUGGAACUCCAGGAAGCUCCCUAUUCCUCUUCAUGCCCACUGCCUGACCAGGGCCACCCAGCCCCCGAGAGGGCCUCCCGGUUCGCUCAGUGGGCCAUCAGUCCGACCUUUGACCUUCGCAGCCACUCCUGCAGCCUGGAGGUGUCUGAGGAUUGCCGGGUGGUGACUGUAUCUCACUGCCCACAGACCCAUCUCUGGAAUCAUGAGAGGUUUGUGAACUGCCAGGUCUUAUGUUCCCAGGCCUUUUCUUCUGGGAAGCAGUACUGGGAAGUGGACACUCAGCAUUGCAACCACUGGGCAGUUGGGGUGGCUUCCUGGGAGAUGAAGCGUACCCAGAUCAUAGGAAGGACCAGGGACUCCUGCUGUGUCGAGUGGAAGACUAGUCAGCUCUCUGCAUGGCACAUGGUCAAGGAAACUGUCCUCGGCUCUCACAGACCUAAGGUGGUGGGCAUCUGGCUGGACCUGGAGGAGGGGAAACUUGCCUUCUAUUCAGUGGCUAAUCAGGAGACGCUUCUGUAUGAGUGCCCGGUCUCGGCCUCCUCUCCUCUGCACCCCGCCUUCUGGCUCUUUGGCUUAAAUCCUGGAAACUCUCUGACUAUAAGGCCAGUAAAUGUAUAAAGGUUCCCUGGGUGUUAGAACAUGGUGGUUUCCUGGUCUCUCACUCUGCUUUCAAGCCAAUGGUGCCUCGACAAGAGCCCCACUUCCAGAGUGAAUGGAUGUGCAGUAAAGCGCUAACUGCAGGCUUGAUGUUCAGACUGCACAUUCCCAAGAGAGCAUGGGCCUUUGACUGGCUCCUUCGAGGCAACCCCUAAGCUCUUGCGGUAUCCUGCCUGAUAAGAGUAUUUUUGUUUCCCUAAGGGCCUUGGGCCAGGAGAUACCAGCUUGACCUCUGGAGGGGCUGGAGACUAAGGCCUGCCCAUGUGACCGACCCCCAGGAAAAGCCCUGGGCACCAAGGCUCUGGGAGCUUCCCUGGUUGGCAGUCUCCUUGUACAUUGUCACACAUUGUCACUAGGAGAAUUAACAUUGUCCUGUGACUCCAUGGGGAAGGAGAGUUGGUGUCUCUUGGCCUGUGUCCCAUGUGCCUUUUGCUCCUGCUGAUUUUAAUCUGUAUCCUUUCACUGUAAUAAAUUGUAACCAAGACGACAAUCACUUUGUUGCGUUCUGUGGGUCCUGCUAGUGAAUCACGGAACCUGGGAGUGGUUUUAGGGACACCCCCCCAACACAGGGGCAGGUUAUCCAUUGCGGUGGAAUGAUACUACCACGAAUGCAGUGGUUUCCAACAGCACGCGGUUAUUAGAUUAGUUUCUGUGCACCAGGCGUCAGGCACGGUUCAACGACUAGCCUCACCAGCUGCAGUCAAGGGGUGACCUGCGGCCGUGGUGGCAUCUGAAGCCCAAGUGGGGAAGGAUCUCCUUCCAAACUCACAUGGUUGUUGGGCAUUCAGUUCCCCGUGGGUUGUCAGACAAAGGGCCUCGGUAUCUUGCUCGCUAUUGGCUGCAGACCACCCUCAAUUCCUUACCCCACGGGCCUUGGAAUAUAGCUGCUUACUUCCUCAAAGCCAACAAGGAAGAGGAGGUCUCUUAGCCCAAAGGACAUUAGAUCGUGUAUAAUGUAAUCACACAAACAUAAUCACAUACAUCCUGUUGCCUUUGCUUCAUUCCGUUUGUUAGAAACAAGCUGCAGGUCCUGCCCACAUUCGCUUCACAGGAAGGGAUUAGGGAAAGGCAGGAAGACCAGGAGAUGGCCGGUCAUGGGGGCCACCUGACAGUCUGGCCAGCCCUGGGUGUCAUUUCAUACUUGAUUUCCCCUGUUUUUAAAAACCAUUUUAUUACAUGGCAGAACCGAUACAGAAAACUCCAUAAAACAUGUGUAGAAUAUAAUGGAUUAUUAUAGAGUAAACAUCCUUAUUAACUACCUUUGGGUCAAGAAAUAAAACCUUCCUUUCCCCCCGGCAGAAGCUCCUUCACGUGCCUCGUCACAAUCACACAACCCUGGUUCUACCUGAAGGGAAGCUGACUUUUACAGUAAUCGCUUCCUUGAAUCUCUGUAGAGUUUUACCACCCAAAUAGGCACCCCUAGCUACAAGAGUCUUAUCCAUGUAAAAAAAAAUUAAAUAAAUAAAAAUGGAUAUGUCUUUUUCUUAACUGCUUUGUUGAGAGAUAAUUUACAUACUAUAAAAUUCACCUACUUAGAGUAUACAGAUUGGGGGAUGACUGGGUGCCUUAGUCAGUUGAACGACGAUUUGGGCUGAGGUCAUGAUCACAGGGUCCUGAGAUCCAGUGCCAUGUGGGGGUCCUCACUUGCAGGGAGCCUGCUUAAAGACUCUCUUUCCCCCUCCCUCACCAGCUCCCCCCCCCCGUCCUGCC